AUGUAUCUUAUCAAACUUUCACUAGCUUUAAUGCUUGCAAGUGCACCUGAAUGGCAUUCUACAUCGGGUGAAACUACAAGUGUAGAUGAACUCUCUACACAUAUUCGAGGUAAUCCACAUAUUCUACUCAUAGGUGAUCCUGGUACCGCGAAAUCAGUUCUUCUUCGUGGAUGUACAUCACUUUGUGAUCGAGCUGUUUUAACUACUGCAACCGGUACUACAGCAGCUGGUUUAACUGCUACAGCUAUACGUGAUUCAACUGGUUGGACACUGGAUGCUGGUGCUUUAGUAUUAGCCGAUGGUGGUUUGUGUGCUAUAGAUGAAUUUACUGCACUACACGGUGUUCAUCGUGCUGCUGUACAUGAAGCAAUGGAACAACAAACAAUCAGUCUAGCUAAAGCUGGUCUUAUGGCUCGAUUGAAUUGUCGUUGUUCUGUUUUAGCUGCAGCAAAUCCAUCACCGAAUUCUAUUCUACAUGGGAAUGAAGAUUAUGGUUUACCAACUCCAUUGCUAAGUCGUUUUGAUUUAAUCUGGAGAUUAGUUGAUCCAGUUGACUCUUUAGAAUGGGAUCGUCGGAUUGCUAACUUUAUUUUGGAUUUAGAUCAACCAACUAGUUUUUCAACGAAUCAGGAAAUAACAAAACAUCAUCAUCUUUGGUCUAAAAAUGAUUUAAAAGAGUAUUUUGUAUGGAUUCGUGAUCGUUUCACACCACAAUUGUCCAUGGAAGCAGCUAAUCUACUUCAACGUUAUUAUGUCUGGCAAAGAAGUCAAAUGUCGAAUUUUUGUAAUGAUUUAUUGGCCGGUGCAUUCAGUAGACGAACCUUACGUUUAUUGGAAAGUCUUGUUAGAUUAACCAAAGCACAUGCUCGAUUGAUGUGUCGAAAUGAGGCUACUGUUGAAGAUGCUAUUGUUGUGAUCUAUUUAGUUGAUUGUUCUCUUUAUUCCACUAGUUCUAUCAAUGAUAAUCAAUCUCAUUUAAAUAACAGUUCAUUAUCAAAAUUUAUUUCACCUGAAUUGAUUGUUUCAAUGAAUAUACCAGAGAAUGCUAGUGUUGAUUAUUUACAAAUUGAGAAAUUAGUAAUGUCUACUUUAAAUAGUAACAAUAAUAAUAAUAAUAAUAAUAAUAAUAAUAAUAAUAAUAAUUGUAAUAAGAAUAUUGACAAUGAUAAUGGUAAUGUUUAUCUAAAUAGAUUUAAACAAGAUCAUUCUAAUACUUAUAGAAAGGUUCAAUUAGAACCUCUACUUAGUUCAACUCAACUUAUAACUAAUAAUAAUGAUAGUUUGAAGAAAUACACUCAAGAAGACAGUAGACAACGUCACAGUCUUCCAUCUUAUAAACGUACAUUUCAUCAUGAGAAUAAUGAUAAUAAUAAUCCAUGUUCCCCUUCAUCAGUUAUUCAAAAUAAUAAUAAUGAUGAUGAUUUGUUAAUGAUUCCAUCGACUAAAAGUUUCAAAUGGACUCCAUUAAAUAAUUCUAUCGACAUUGAUGACAAUACUACUACUACUACUACUGAUAUCAAUACUACUGACAAUCAAAUAUUCAAUAAUCAUAAUAAUAUAAACAUGAAUAAACCUUUAUGGAAUAAACAUUUAUCUUCUAAUUCAUUCAAUAUUUCAAAUAAUGAUUUAUCAAUGUCUAUGGAUACAUUCAAUAAUACAAUACAGAAUAUUCAAUAUUCAAUGGAUAAUAAAGAUAAGAAUAAUAAUAAUGAUGAUGAUGAUGAUAUUUUCACAUUUGGUUUUAAUAUGCUAAUGACAAAUAGUGAGAAUAUUUUGAAGAAGCAUUUAAAAAGUGAAGAUUUUGAAAUUGAUUUAUAAAAUGUAAAUAUGAUCUGAUCCUUCAAUUGGUAAUUAUAUUUUUGUACACAUAAUUUGAAUAGAUUUUGUAG